AUAAGCAGGGUAAGCCGGGUCUAUCCUAAAAUUUUGAGCAUACAAAAUACAAAAAUAAAAUUUUAAAAAUAUUUUAUUUUAAUUAAAUAUCAUGUUAACACACCAAUUUAUUUAUUAUCUUAACCCGCAAAUAUAUUUUAUUUAACGCAAAAAGCAUCAAAUCACUUAAACGCACUUAAAAAACCACUGUUAGGCCCGAACGAAUCUGGCCGACCCCAUCCACAAUAUAUCCCUAUAGAAAAAUCGCGCGACGCUGGUCAACGCGUCGGAGGAUGGAUUUUAUAUGCGCGCUUACGGAAGUCAUUUAGGCCCGACACGAGGUGGCCUGCGUUGUUUUCGCGGUUGAAUGUUUGUUUUUAGCGGAAAAAUUUAUCGAUUUGUACUUGAAUUUGUUCUUAAUUUGCUAAUUCGUAAUUUGAGGGUUCGUGGUUAAAUGUUUUCGUGAAUUAAAAAGUUGUAGUGUUUUUAAUUUAAAAGUUGUAGACAUUGGGUAAGUUUGAGGACUUUUUUUGGAAUAGUGAGAAACUAUAAUAGACAAAAAUGAGUUUAUCUGAGCCUGAAGUUUUACCAAGUUGCAGUACUAGUGCCAAUAAUGUUAUGUUGGCACUUGGCAGUGGAUUGGACAUUAUUGUUUCGUUGUUGGAAUUACCAUUGGCUAAAAGACCUGAGGCUGAAAGACGAAAAAUUAUUUUAAGUGACAGGCCUAUUCCAAAAGUGUGUAUUGACCAAAAAGAUGGGAAAAAAUUACGUGCUUUUAAUAUCUCUUGGUAUGAUGUGUAUAAAUGGCUGUGUGGAAGUUGUAUUACAAAGAAACUGUAUUGUUGGCCAUGUUUGUUGCUUUCGAAUAAAAAGUGUGUAUGGAAUUGUGAAGGAUACUCCAAUUUAAAAAAAUAUAUCUGCAUCGCUUAAGAAACAUUCAACUUGUAAAGAGCAUUUAAGUAGUUCUUUGUCCUUUAAGGAUGUACAAAAAAGAGAGUUUUCUGUUCGUGACUUGCUAGACGAACAGUCGAAAAUUUCAAAAGUCAAGUAUAAUGCUGAAGUUAAAAUAAACCGAGAAAUUAUUAAAAAAUUAAUUGCUUUAACUUGUACUUUAGCUAAACAGGAACUGGCUUUUCGCGGCCACGAUGAGUCAGAUGACUCUAAAUCCUGGAAAUUUCAGCAGAAGCAAUUUGAGAAUUUAUGUUAAAUUCAAAUCCAGAACUAAAAGAUCACUGGCAAAAAAAGACUUAUUUUAGAGGCCUCUCAAAAACGACACAAAAUGAACUCGUUAACCUGAUUAAAGACGAAAUUUCUAUUUUUAUUCAAAAUGCCAUUAUUAAUUCCCCAUUUUUUGCAUGUAUUGUUGAUGAAACAACCGAUAUAACUUAAAAGGCACAGUGUUCAAUUGUAUGCAGGUUAGUAGAUGCAAAAAGCAUAGUUCAAGAAUAUUUCUUAGGAUUCUUUGAUUUAGGGGAAGAUCGAAAUAAUAAUAAUAAUAAUAAUAAUCUUUAUUUAGCAUAAAUAGCUACAUACAAAACAAAACAAAUUUCUUAAAAAAUUAAUAAAAAUAAAGAUACAUAUAUCAAUAAUAAUGUUAAUAAAGCUAAUUCAACAACAUAUUUAGUCAGCAAGAGUACAUAUAUAAAUAAGCAAUAAAUGACAAAUGCUGGGUAUCCCGAUCCCCGACACUUGCAACGCCCCGGUUUUACCAGGAACAGCAGCAUCCCGGUUAAUCCAAGGAAUACCGCAAUAUUCCGGUCCGUCUAAACAUUGCUAUGUCGGCGACCUAAGCACCCCGUCACCAAAACUGGUUCAGAAAUUUUUUAAAAAUUAUCACAUACAUAAACCUAAAGCGCUCUUACUAACUUUACAAUAAUAUUAUUAAUUAAUUAAUUAUUAAUAUACCCUUAUAAAUUAAUCCAUAUACGCUUAUUGUGUAAAAAAUAUAAUAUACAUAUGCACUUGAGGUUACUAUUAACAUGUGGAUCUAAACAAAACAAUUGAUGUAAUCAAAAUUUGCAGUGCUCGCAAAUAACCAUAAAAUGUUACGCCAAUAGGUGAAUCUCGGUCAUGAGGUUAAUUACCUAUGGGCUGGUGAAAUUGAUCGAAUACAGGGUGUCCUGGUUUUUUUGGAGAGUCCAUGUCAAAUCCCGGUUAAUCCAUGAAUACUUUUUCAGUAUCCCGGUUGUUCCAUGGAUAGCAAACACAGCUCUUCUGCCACCCACAAACACCUCAUCAUUGUUCUCACUUCACUACAAUAUUUAUCUGCACAUAUUUUUACUACAAUAAUUUAAGCCACAUACUCAAAUUAAAAAUAAAAUAAGUGUUAAACUAAAAUAGCGAUCCUAAAUAACAUACUAUAAAAAAUAAACAAAAUGAAAAUAAAAAAAACAAUUAGGCAAAGGUAACAAAAAUCCUAGGACAAUAUAUGUGCCCUAACCAGCCUUUUAAAAUUAUUUACAGAAUCACAGUCUCUUAUGCUGGUUGGUAAUCUAUUAAAAUCUUGUAAGCCUCUCUGUAGGACAGAAUUUAACAUCUGGUUAGAGUUACACCUAUCGAUUAGUAUGAAAUUAUUACAUUACGAUUGGUGUAUAUCUAUUGCAUUUCAAAAUAGUUCUCAUUGCCCUGUUCUGUACAAGCUAUAACUGUUCAAUUUUAAAGUUUGGUAAAUUGUAUAAAAUUGUUGAGCAAAAUUCAAGAUGCGGAGCUGCAAUGCUAUUAUACAGUAAUAGUUUUGUAGCCAUUGAUAAUUGUUUUCCUACUCUUGCAAUAAAACCAAUUUUUUUGGAAAAUUUUCUAGUUAUGUAAUCAACGUGUGCAUAAAAAUUUAAGUUACAAUCAAAUAUUACUCCCAAGUAUUUAAUUUGACUCUCAUAUUCUAUCUUUUCAUUAUUUACCACAAUGUUAUUAUCUUUCACAUUGAUGUGCAUUAAUUUGCUCUUUUUCCCAAAUAAACAAAAUUUCGAUUUUGAUGUAUUUAAACAAAGACUAUUACUGCAAAGCCAUUUAAAUAAAUUAGAUAAAUCAUUAUUAAGAAUUAUUUGCAUUUCAUUUAGAUCCCUCCCGAUUAAAUAAAUCAUAGUGUCGUCAGCAAAAAGCUCUAUUUUACAACCACUUAUAACAUUGACGAUAUCAUUAAUAUAUAACAGAAAUAACAGGGGACCUAAAACAGUUCCCUGAGGUACUCCAUAUUCGUUUAUUAGUAAUUCUGACACACUGUUUUUAAACUUGACUUUUUGCGACCUGUUUUGUAAGUAAGAUUUAAACCACAUUAAAACUUUAUGUUUAAUACCCAUCUUUUCCAUUUUUUUUAACAGAUUAGCUCUAUUUACAGUCUCGAAUGCUCUCUUAAAAUCGAGAAACACAGCCAGAACAAAGUUGCCCUUAUCCAGUUCUUUCAAGAAGUUAUCGCAUAUAUUAAUUACAGCAGAUUCACAUGAGUGACGCUCACGAAAACCUGAUUGAUUAUCACGAAAAUGUCGUUAGAAUCAUAGUAUUCUUGUAGUUGUUCUUUUACAGCAAUUUCUAACACUUUCUCAUAAACCUCCACAGUAUUUAUUGGUUUAAACUCAUUGUGGGAAAUAGUAUUUAGUACUUUUGGUACAGGGAUUAUUGUUGACACUUUCCAAGCCUCUGGAAAUACUCCGCUUGAGAGUGAUGUAUUUACUAUAUUUAAGAGUCGAUUUCCAGCCACACUACAUACGUCACACAAAACCUUUUUUGAAAUUCCAUUUUCUCCGCCUCCGACAUUCUUCAUGCUUUUCAGAAUUAUUUUUAAUUGAGUUAGGGAUAUUUCUUUAAAAUUUGAGAACUCUGGAUAUUGAAUAUUAGGGGGAUUGACAAAGGUGUCAUAAGAGAGAGAAUAGUUUGGAAUACUAUUGAUAAUAUCAAUUAUACUAUUUAUAAAAUAUUUAUUUAACUUUGUUUCAAUUUGAAAUUCAUUUGAAAUCAUUUGGUCAUCAAAUUUAAUUUCGUUUGGCAAUAAAAUAUUUUUUCCAGGAAGUAACUUUUUGAGGUUUUUCCACAUUUCACGCGGAUUUUUUUUAUUUUCAUCAAUAACUUCUCUAAAAUAUUUAUCUUUUUCAUUUUUAAUUUGAUUAACAAUUAAGUUUCGUACUCUUUUGUAUUCCCUCCAUACUCCAUCAUCUUUUUCUACAACAGCCCUAACAUAUAACUUAUCUCUUACAUUCAUUCUCUCACGGAUAUCAAACGUAAUCCAAUCUUUUUGCAAAUAUUUCUGUUUUAGAACAAUGGUUUUAUUUGGGCACAUAGAAUUUCAUAUAUUUGUGAUACUAUCAACAAAAAUACUUGCCAAAAUAUUCACAUCCGCACUAUUAUUUGUCCAUUCAGUAUCAUAAAGAUAAUCAUGGAGUUGGUUUACAUUGUAGCUCUUCAUACACCUACGAUUAAUAAUCACAUCACGGUUUUCAUUUAUUUUCAGAGCAGGAUGUACAGCCAGAAUACAAUGAUCACUUAUCUUGGGUGUUAAAUGAACUUUAAAUGACAAAUUCGCAUUAUUGGUCACAAUAUAAUCAAUUAAUGUCUGACUUCUAUCUGUGAUUCGAGUAGGGGAGUCAACAAUUUGAGAAAAACCAUUUGAGUAUAUGGAAAGUAGAAUUUUUUCACCAUAAAACGAAGGUUUAAGUAAAUCAAAAUUAAAGUCUCCUACAAUAAUGUUGACACCCUCAAACGCACUAACCUGAUCAAGAUAAUCAUUAAAAAAAUCCACAAACUUUGCAUUUUCAGUUUGAGGUGGAUGAUAUAAAACAGUACAAAGAUAUUUGACCCUUGAUAUUGAAAAUUCUAGCGAUAGACACCAUACAUAACUUUGAACACACUGUAUAUAUUUUAAUUUAUAUUUGAGAUCACUUCUUCUUGAAAAUGCUCCAGCGUUACGCGAUUUACCGUUUAGUAUGAUUGGUAAAUUUGACUGUAAAGCGUAACUAAUUGCUCAAACCUGAUGAUGGAGCUAGUGUUAUGUCGGGCCAACUAAACGGACUACAAAAAUUAGUAAAAGACUGCACCAUUAGCUAUUUUUACCCAUUGUUUUGCGCAUCGCCUUAAUUUAGUUUUACAGCAAAGUUGCUCCAAUAUUACGGCAGUAAAAAUAUUUUAUUGGACUCUUCAAGGAAUUCCGGCUUAUUUUCACCAUUCCUCCAAAAGAUCCCAUUUCUUAAAUAAAUUUGUCGGAAAACGAAUUCCUACAAAUAGCGAAGUGAGAUGGAACUCGAAUGCAAAAGUGUUAAAUGCCGUAUUACAGGAGAGAAAAAAUUAAUUGAAGUAUUUCAGGAGAUAAUGAAUUGUCCAGAAUCAUAUGCGAAAUCAAUUAGGCAGGCAGAUGCGUUUAAAAGAAAACUGGAUUAUCUGGAAUUCGUAUUUUUAUUAAACGUUUUUAGCGACAUAUUUCAACAAACAGAGCUCUUAUACAAUGUGUUACAGAAAAAAAAUAAUGACAUCCAGUUAUGUAACAAUUCCGUUUCCAGAUGUCUUAAAGUGUUAAAAAGCUGGAGAAAUGACCUGACCUUUUCUAAGCAUAUUAACGUUGCUGUUAGCGAGACAAAUACAGAACUUACCUUAAAUCGUAAUGAACUUGGUGGUUUACCUAAAAAUGAUGGUAAUCAAAGCACUUUGGAUAAAGCCAAAACUAAAUUUAGACGAAUAUUUUUUGAAAUUUUGGACAAUAAUAUAACUCAAUUAGAGCAACGUUUUUCGGACCAGAGCAAGUUUCAAUUUCUGCAGUUGAGUGAUACUAAAAAAUUUCCAGAAUAUGGAGGAGUAUUUCCGCAAAAACCAUUGGACUCGUUAAUAAAUACUUAUGAAGCACUUUUUGAUAAAUCAUUAUUGAAAACAGAACUAGAAACCAUUUUCUCACCAAUACACCGUGAACAAUUUUACGAUAAAAGUUUGUUAGGUCUAAUUAAAAGUAUGCAUGAUAACGACACAAAUGAAAUUCUUCCUGAAAGUUACAAGUUGUUCUGUUUACUAGCUACAAUACCUGCAACCAGUGCUUCAGUUGAAAGGACUUUUUCUACGUUAAAGCGAAUAAAAACAUCUUUGCGGAACACAAUGACUCAAAAUCGGCUUUCAUCCUUAUCUAUUUUAUCAAUCCAAAAGGACAUUCUCGCUCAAUUAGUGGAAACUGGGGACACAUUUUACGAUAGGGUAAUUGACAAAUUUGCACGAAACAAAGAUAGAAGAAUUAACUUGCUUUAUAGGUAAUAAAAUUCAAAACUGAUAAUUUGUUUGUGUUCAAAAUACUUUUAAAUGACUCCUUCUUUCUGUGCAAUUUUUAGUAGUUACGUGUUACUUUUAUGUACGUAGGUAACAAUAAAUGUACAUAUUAAGCUUAAUUACUGUCGUUUCUUUUCAUAGUGUCCCCCUUUUUAGUUCUCUAGUUCUCCCAAAUUUUUUAAAUUUGAUAGAAAAAAAAUAUGUUUUUUUUUUUUGGAAAAAAUUCUUAGAGUUAAUGUUUUAAAUGUAUAAUUACUUGACAACACCGGCCUAUUAUAUGAUUCUUCGAGCUUCAUUGUGAGUGGGCACUCUUGCUAUGGCCUACCCAAAAUUUAACCCCACGAACCGCCACUGAUCUAUAAAUGGAAUUCGAAAUAUCAAUUAUAUCAGGUGGUCAUUAUACAGCGCAUUAAUGAUAUGACAAAUAUUAUAAGAGAAUGAUUUUUUGAAAAAUUGGUUUUUGUGUUUAGGAAUAGUUA